CCCAAAAGGGUAUUGUAUAUAAAGAUGGAAGCUAAUUUUAGGAUUUAAAAACGCAGGAAGAGGUUUGACCAACAACAGCAGGCAUUAUGGGAAAGAUCAUCUUCUACGAGGACAAGAACUUUGGAGGCCGUUACUAUGAGUGCAUGAGCGACUGUGCCGACCUGCACUCUAUGUUUGACCACUGCCGCUCCAUUCGAGUGGAAAGCGGCAUGUUUAUGAUCUAUGACCGUCCGGGCUACGCGGGAAACCAAUACUUCAUGAGGAGGGGAGAGUACUCUGACUACAUGGGCAUGACCGGUAUGAAUGACUGUGUCAGAUCUUGUCGCAUGAUCCCCUCGCACAGUGGCAGCUUCAGGAUGAGGCUGUAUGAGCAUUUUGACAUGGAAGGCGGAAUGAUGGAACUGACGGAUGACUGUCCUAAUCUCAUGGACCGUUUCCGCCUCUCCAACUUCAACUCCUGCAAUGUGAUAGAUGGCCACUGGCUGAUGUAUGAGCAACACCACUACAGGGGGCGCCACUACUACCUUCCACCUGGCCAGUAUAGGAGCUUCAGCAACUGGAACGCCAUUAGCUCCAGGGUUGGGUCCGUCCGACGUCUCAUGGAUUUAUGAAGACGGAAGGACAGUUCUUGUGAAAUGUCUACUCUUUGCCUUGUUUUACA